AUGAAGCUUUUUCAAUUUGCCUUUUUCAGUGUUACUUUUGCUCAGCGAAAAUCUCCAAGACCGAUCGAUAUCUCUCCGUCCGACAACAACGCCCAAAAAUCCUACGCCGAGUACCCUCCAGAUGAGCAAGCAGUCGUUUACGGCGAUCCGCACUUCAUGGUUACCGGCGAAACUGGCGAGCGAAUUUGCUUCGAUUUCAACCCGGAACUCGGCUCCAACAUCAACCUCCUCUCCGACCCAAAGUCGAAUCUCCAUGUCUCCGGAAUCAUCAGCGAUGAGACGAUCAAAGGAAAAACCUUCAUCCACGAGAUUCAGUUUAUGUCUCCCGAGGGCGGCAAUCUUCGUUUCAAUCCCGACGGAGUCUUUGUCAAGUCUUUCUCGCUGAAAGAAACGAUGCAAUAUGACUACAAAGAGCCUAUUCGAUUUAUGGACAUUCUAUUUACCGAACACAGAAAUUCUGAUGGAACACGGGAAAAAAUCACGGUUGAGAUCGAUGAUGGUCCAAAAUUUUUAAUCAAGGCAAAACAGAGUCGAGGAUCAAUGUCGUUCGGAAUUGAAGAUACAACUGGUCUGUCAGAUAAGACUAAGGGUAUCCUUGGGAGCUUCAUUCAUGAAGGAGCCUUCCAUGUCCUUAAUCUCCACACAAAAGGAGAGAAUGGUGAAGAAACCGCUGUUGUUAUCAGCCAAGAAUUAGAAUUUUCCGCAACAAAGCACGAUUUUCACCGAAAUCACAAUUGCUGGACCAUUCCCGAGGAAGAAAUAGCCGUUCUUUUCGCGAAAGAAAUCUGA